GCCAUAGCCGACAUUCAGAGAGCAGUCAUUGUGCUUUCCCUCACCAGCACUUCUUCAUUCUCCAAAAGGAAAACAAUUUUACUCAUCACACUUUAACGCUCCCCAGCUGAUCAAUUCCGCCAAUCAUUCACCACAGAACCCCCUUUCCUCCGACGAUGAACAACGCAGAAGGCGGCAACACGAAGGUCGUCCUGACACGAGCACUCGCGGCGUCGUCCCUGAUGUUCAUCGCCGCGGCCGCCGCCGGGUACUACCGGCGGAGGCCGGGAGCCAGUAGCAAGCGAGUCGUCCCGAGGCUGGACGAUGCAAGGACGGAGUCCGGCAGCGGCGGCAGAAAGGUGGAGAGGUUCUCGCACUACGUGGCGAGGCAGCUAGGGUUCUCAGAUCCGAGCGAGUGCCCGCAGCUGUGCAAGCUGGCGUACGACUACCUGAGGAAAAUCGACGGUUGCGAGGACAACAUCUACGAUUAUUUUGCAAGAUCCGAAGGCGGCAGCGAGCUGGAGAAAUUGCUGUCCGGGAAGCUGGUGGAGGAGCUCGAGAAAUGCAUUUUGAGCUACUUUGCUUUCCACUGGAACCACGCCCCUUCCCUAGUCUCUCAGGUGAUGAAAGAUCGAUCGGAGAAGAAGCCGAAGCUCAAAAGCGCUAUAAUGGCUGCCACAAGGGAAAGAAGAUUCGAGUCAAUGAGCAAGAGCCUGAAGGUUACGAGAGUAAUUUCCACCCUAGUUGAAGAGAUGAAAGCCAUCGGGAUUACCGAUUCCCUCCGGAGUAAUGACGUCAUGGUGCCGGCGGCUUACAGCGAGAGGAGCCCCGUGCUGCUGCUCAUGGGCGGCGGGAUGGGCGCCGGCAAAAGCACCGUCAUCAAGGACAUCCUCAAAGAGUCGUUUUGGGGAGGAGCAGCCGCAAACGCCGUCGUAGUGGAGGCUGAUGCGUUCAAGGAGUCGGAUGUGCUUUACAAAGCUCUCAACUCCUUCGGCCACCACGACGACAUGCUUCGAACCUCUGAACUGGUUCAUCAAUCGUCAACCGAUGCGGCGUCGUCGCUGCUGGUGACGGCACUUAACGAAGGGCGUGACGUGGUAAUGGACGGCACCCUGUCGUGGGAGCCAUUCGUGGACCAAACCAUCGAGAUGGCACGUAACGUCCACAAACGCCGGUACCGCAUGGGGGUCGGCUACAAGGUCCACGACGACGGCACCGUCACCGAGAACUACUGGGAACCUGUAGAUGAUGACGGCCCGGAAGUAACGGAGGAGAACGGCGAAUCGCCGUCGGCAAGGACGAGGCGGCCCUACAGAAUUGAGAUGGUCGGAGUCGUCUGCGACGCCUACCUCGCCGUUGUCCGAGGAAUCAGGAGAGCGAUAAUAACUGGGAGGGCAGUGAGGGUGAAUUCCCAGCUAAAGUCGCACAAGAGCUUUGCCAGUGCCUUUCCAAACUACUGCCAGCUUGUGGAUAAUGCCAGGCUCUAUUGCACAAACAGCGUAGGAGGCCCGCCAAAGUUGAUUGCGAGGAAAGAUGGAGACAACAAGAUGUUGAUUGACCCAGAGGAGUUCAAGUGCUUGAGCAAUGUGGCUCGCCUGAACCCGAGUGCGGAGUCGGUGUACGAGCUUUACGGUGACCCGAGCCCAAUUCAAGAGCCCGGCUCGGUUUGGAAAGAUUUCGUCUUUGACCCAUCCAGGCCCAGCGUUCAAAAGGAGCUGACAACGGUUAUACAAACCAUCGAAAGCCCACUGGCAGCCCAUUGAAUUACGAGGAGAUAUAUAAUAUAUUGGUGCUUUCUCUUUUUUAUUUUCAUGAAACGACGAGGUUUGUUGACACUGCUUGAGAUUUUGUGAAGUGAUGGUGAAGGUUUGGAAGUAUAAAAACGAAAUUGUAAAUUUCGGGUACUGCAGUUAGCCAAUGUUUGUAGGCUGCCAAUUGCCAAAGCAUCUAGUAGAAGGAGAAACACAAUUAAAAUAUGAAACGGCUAGUUUGUAGGCUAUGUUUAAUAAUACACGUAUAGGUUACUAUACAUAUUUUAUCCAUUUAAAAUUUCCGUAUCCGUAAUAUUGUCAAACUAUUUCAUUUUUCCCUGUUCA